CUCGCCGCCCCACUUCCACUAGGACCAUCUCAAGCACCACCACUCAGAGUAUUAACUUACCGAGAGAAUCCUACCGACCUGACCCAUACCUACCAACUGGAAACUGGAAGCAGUACACUAAAGUGCCUGUCCAAAAACCAAACCUUCCAUCAGGUUCCAGGGCUGAAUUGUACACUAUUUCCCGACCGUCCGACUCCCACCUGUUUGGGACACUGAGACCAUAUUCUACUUCCUCAAUCUCAAGACACUUUUGUAUUUGUUCACAAACAGAAUGACACCGUACCAUCUGCGAACCAUCCCCAAGGUCAUACACGUCGGUGUAUCUUGUAUACCAUUCCCCCAACCGCCCCGUUUUGCAUGGCAAGCUUUCCCCUUAUCCUUACAUACCAAGCCAGACUAUUUUACAGUAGAAACCCCUGCUCUGGCAACUAAUGCAGGCAGUCCAGAACUUUCUGCAAAAGGGGGGGUUGUAAAAGCAGGCGUUUUAACUGUACCAAGCGAACCCAUCAUAUACAUACCCUUGAUCGAAGCCACUACAAAAUAACCCCAACACACCACACUUGCUCCAUAGCAUACGAAUAUACGCCCGCAAUCCUGAACAGCCAAGAAGAUGCAAAGUUAGACUGAUGAACAUGGUCUACCGACUCGUAAAUAUUCAACGGUGGAGUUGUGGCCCCAAUUCCCCUUCCCCCUUCUCUCUUCCCUCCAAACUCUUGGGCUUCAGUUGCUGUUUGUACCAGCCUUGCCAUCCCCGCUCUUUUUGCAUGAUCAUGUAUGGGAAAUACUACUUUUCUCCACCAGGUUUUACCGGUGGCCCGGAUGGGCUGGUGGGCAACAAGUCGAGGAGGCGAUUACUGCUCCCAAUCAACCGGGCUCUCUCCCACAUCACGGCCAAAGUCUGGUCUGCUCUGGCGCCAAACCUGCGGAGCCUUUUGAAGUGACUAUCAUGAGUAGAUCCAUCAUGAGGGACCACCAACACAAAGGAACGGGGUCUGUUGUGUAUAUUCUCUCAAGAUCCUCUCGGGGUAUGUCAAAGUCCCGAUCUCCAUCAAACAUAACCACGAUGCCGCACGAUGUGUGUGUCCCGGUCUCAGCGCUGAAUUCGCGUAGCACUUGCUGGUUGUCAC